UUUAACGACGAAAGACAAAGCGUUAGGUAAAAGAUGCGUACUCGUAGUCACUAAAAAAGGGAAAGAAACUGUUGAAAUAGUUGAUUAAGGGAACGACUGAAAAAAGUCUUCAGACUUUGAAACAACGAUGGCGUCCUUCGAGGACCAACGUUGUCGAGCAAGAGGCGAGAACGAGCGACAAGAACUGGACAAGUCUGUUGCCAAAACUCCCAUCGUGUUGAACAUCCAAGACGUCCGGCUCGUGACUGGAGGGAGCUCACCGCAUCCACAACACCCCAACGUUAAAGAGGAAGAGGAGGAGCAACAACACCUCUACAUUAAAGAGGAAGAGGACUACUUUGACAUCAGUAAGUUGCCACUGACUAUUGUCUGUGUGAAGAGUGAAGACGGUGAAGAGGAAACAACCGAGUCGUGCCAGCUUCAUCAUGACUGUCCAAGUGGGGACCACUGUGGAGGGUCACGACCAGACAAGCUCUUAGCUCCACUGUCAGACAGCGACGACCUGGUACAACCUUUGAGGAGCGACGAAGACUGCAAUGCUGACGACAAAAAGUCGAAAAGCUCUGAGAUGACUCUUAACAAGAAUACUUCUCAAACACACAGGAGAUGUCACACAAGGAAAGAACGUUUCACCUGCUCAGUUUGUGGUCAAAGAUUUCCUUAUGAGAGUACUUUGAAAAUACACAUGCAGAAACACACGGGAGAAAAACCUUUCACAUGCUCAGUUUGCAGUAAACGCUUUUCUUAUAAGUAUAGUUUGACUGCACACAUGCAGAAACACCCGGGAGAAAAACCCCUUAGCUGCUCAGUUUGUGGUGAAUCAUUCCUUCAUAAGUCCAAUAUGGUGGCACACAUAAAAACACACACGGUAGAAAAGCCAUUCACUUGCACUGUUUGUGAUAAAAUAUUUUCUUCUAAGUCUGAUUUGAAUAGACAUAUGAGGACACACUCGGGAGAAAAACCUUUUAGUUGUACAGUUUGUGGUAGACGUUUUACUACAAGGCAAAAUUUGAACAUACACAUGUGGACACACAACGGACAACAUCCUUUUAAUUGUUCAUUUUGUGGAGAUACAUUUGCUCAGAAAGUCGCUUUGAUUGCUCACACAGCAACACACACGGGAGAAAAACCUUUCACAUGCUCAGUUUGCGCGAAAAGCUUUUCCUAUAAGUACAGUUUGAAAUCACACAUGCAAACACACACGGGAGGAAAACCUUUCACAUGCUCAGUGUGCGAAAAAACCUUUUCUUAUGAAAACCGUUUGAAGGCACACAUGCGGAAACACACUGGAGAAAAACCUUUUGGUUGUUCAAUGUGCUGCAAAAGCUUUUCUUAUAAGCACAUUCUGACCGCUCACAUGUGCAAACACACCGGAGAAAAACCUUUUAGUUGUUCAGUUUGCGGUAAAAGCUUUUCUUAUAAGCACACUUUGAAAUCACACAUGCUGACACACGCGGAAGAAAAACCUUUCACAUGCUCAGUUUGUGGUGAAGGCUUUACUUAUAAGAAAGGUUUGACUGCACACAUACUGACACACAGUGGACAAUAAAUAUUUUCCAGUGGUAACACGUCGUUGUUUUUUAUUUAUUUAUUUUACCCAUCAGCGGCCAUAACAGUUAUCUGAGCGUCUUGUAACAGUAUGGGGGGAAAACAUGCAACCGUCGAACAAAUGUUUUGAUCAUUUUGGGCUUUUCCGAACACUUUUGUCAAAGGCGAUCAAACCAAAAGAGAAACUUUAUUUAUUCAUAAAAUCUAUUGACAAGAAGCAAUUUUACAACACAAAUAGAAUUUACCAAACAUAAAUCCACUUCCAAACACUUUCUUGUUUACAAUACCAAUUUUAGAAUGUUAUUGCAUUUAGUAUAUAAUUAUUACGAUUUGUGCUCUUGUAUUUUAUUUUAUUGUGGAAAUGUUUUA